AUGUACACUGGCACAUCUUCCCAAUGGGCCUACCCUACCGUCCAAGCCUACCUCGGUGAGAGCUGGGAAGAAGCUAACGGUUGGCGCAGGGCUCAUCUCAACUCCAACGAAGUACUUUCGUGUCACCCCACCAUUACCAUCUCUCAGGUCGAGUAUGAUGCUCUGCUCAAGACUGCUCGCGAAUUUGCGAACUUGCGCCGCAACUUGAUGCGAGGCGGUGUAACGGAGGAUACUCUUGAUGUCUUGACCAGUGAUGAAUCCAAAUGGCAAGACAACCAAUCUGCCGGCCUGACGUCCGAACCGACUCCAGGUCGUAACGGCACGCAGCACCCCAUCCACCAGCCGCACGAUACGGCGGUUCCAGCCACGCGGGUGUCAUCGCACAGCCGGUCCCACGGUGGACAAACCACGGCUCAACAACCUGUCAAGCACCACUGGGCCGAGCCGGAAAUCCACGAGAUUUCAGACGCCGACGAAUCCGUCGUCGAUCCCCAUCGCCGAACUGAAUUCGAAAUCCAGAAUCAGGACCUGGUGGCUCCUCGCCCCCAAUUCGAGCGAAUCGCUACCAGAACAAUCCUGAUUGUCAAUCUUCCGGAGGGGACGACCCAUGGUGAUAUCACUGCUGUUGUUCGAGGUGGUCAGCUUCUUGAUAUUUUCCUGCGGACUUAUGAUCGCUCCGCCCAGGUCUCCUUCCUGCACUCAGCAGACGCCAAAGAGUUUUUCGAGCACAUCCGUCGUCAUGACUUAUAUAUCAAGCAGAAGCGGGUUGAUAUCCGAUGGAGUGACCGACAGUUCACUCUCCCCGGCCAUGUUGCUAGCAAGAUCGGAAUGGGUGCCACGCGCAACAUUGUGAUUCGCCGUUGCGACCCCAAUCUCACGGAAGAGGCUCUUCGAGACGACCUGGAGCAUAUCCAUAACCUGAGAGUCAUUCACGUCACAUUUACAGGCGGUAGCGCCUAUAUCAGCACGAACUCAGUCCACGGCGCCAUGUUUGCGCGAACCUGUAUGAUGAGUCGCCUCAAGUACAAAGGUUCGAAGAUCGACUGGGACGUCGAUGAGUGUACGCAACCACUAGCGAAAUCACAAUACCACCGGACUUCCACCCAGGCCGCUCCAGCUAAACGUGUAAUGCACCCCACGGCGAAUCGAUUUGAGCCUCUAAACAUGGAUGGACUCGAGGGCGAAGAGAAAGUUGUUCCCGACUUUUCGCUACGAUCCGCAAUGGAUGUCAGGGUUUAG